AUCAUGACUAGUUGCUCUGGAUACAAUUGUCAUCACAGAGGAUUAUGACUUCAAGUGAAGCAUAUGUUGCAGAAAAACAGUAAUUUUUAAAGAAGGGAUAAUAGUAAUGGAAAUCUUCCUGAGGGCAAUGAAGAAAUGUGGAAAUAAUCUUGGUGUCAAUUUUAAACAGUAUAGCUUUUUGGAGUGUUCUUUAAGGUGAUCCUUAGAAGUUAAGGAAGAGGAAAGUUGUGAUUCCACAAGAUAUAAAGAAAGACUUAAAAAUACUGAGACUUCUUGAUAUGAAGACACAGAGAAGGGAAUAAAAUGUUAAAGGAGCAGAUAGCUGCCUAUAAGGACAUGGACAGAAUACUUAAAGAAGAGUCUCCUUUCCUUUUUUGUCUUCCCCAACUGGAUUUUUUUCUUCUUUCCUCAAAUAGCUCUGUGAGAAGAUGACCAUUCUUUGCAUCUCUUACAAACUGUGGCAUUGGUUGCAUUGUAGAGAGAAGGAAGACAAAAUGCAAAAGUUGAAGGAUAUAAAAAUGUGCACAGAUAAAUACAGAAGGCUUUACCUUCUCAAAGAAGCUGAGUUGGCUUAUUGCACAGGUACCUUUGGGCGUGUUCAUCUAGUGAAGGAAAAAACGGCCAAACGUUACUUUGCACUGAAAGUAAUGAGCAUUCCGGAUGUCAUUCGACUGAAGCAAGAGCAACAUGUGCACAAUGAAAAGUCAGUCUUGAAAGAGGUCAACCACCCCUUUUUGAUAAGAUUAUUUUGGACCAACCAUGAUGAACGCUUUUUAUACAUGUUAAUGGAAUAUGUGCCAGGAGGAGAACUUUUUAGUUACCUGCGCAACAUGGGACGGUUCAACAACAGCACAGGACUGUUUUAUUCUGCAGAAAUUAUUUGUGCAAUAGAAUACCUGCACUCCAAAGAAAUAGUUUACAGAGACUUAAAACCUGAAAAUAUACUAUUAGAUAAAGAAGGACAUAUCAAGCUUACUGAUUUUGGAUUUGCGAAAAAACUGGUGGACAGGACAUGGACGCUCUGUGGCACUCCUGAGUACCUUGCACCAGAAGUUAUACAAAGUAAAGGCCAUGGAAGAGCUGUAGAUUGGUGGGCCCUGGGAAUUCUUAUAUUUGAGAUGUUGUCAGGGUUUCCUCCAUUUUUUGAUGACAAUCCCUUCGGUAUAUAUCAGAAGAUUCUUGCUGGCAAAAUAGAUUUCCCGAGGCAUUUGGAUUUAUAUGUAAAAGACCUUAUUAAGAAGCUGCUUGUGGUUGACAGGACAAGACGAUUAGGAAAUAUGAAGAAUGGAGCAGAUGAUGUGAAGAGACAUCGAUGGUUCAGGUCUAUAGAUUGGGACGCUGUACCGCAAAGGAGACUAAAGCCUCCCAUAGUACCAAAAGUGUCCAAUGAUGGGGAUACUUCCAAUUUUGAAGCUUAUCCUGAGGACGACUGGAACAAGAUGCCUCCAGUACCCCCUAAAGAUCUAGAAAUUUUCAAGAACUUCUGAAAGCGACAUCUACACUGGACAAGAAACUGGAAGGGAAUUGAAGUGCUAAGAAGAAGUCUGAAGAAGAAUGGAGUUCAUAUGUAAAUGAAGACUUUCUUUGUGGAUAAGAAUGAUACUGCGUUCAGAUACACAUCUUAGUAUAGAUAAAAUACGUUGGAGGCAGACAAGAAUAAUUUUUUGCUGUAAACAUUUGACAUUAGUAAAUUGUAAUAUUGAUAGUCUACUCUGAAGUAGACUCACUAAAAUGAUAUAUUUUAGGAUUAUUUUUUUUAACUUAUGGUUUAGUUAAGUUUCCUGCUAUUUUGCAUAGUUAACUCAUAGACUUAAUUUUAUAAGUUUAUACUAAACUUGUGUAAUUAAAAGCACAAAUUAGUAUAUAUGUAUAUAAUGAAUACAAUACAACUAAAGCACAGGAACUGUGCAAAGAUGUAAAUUUUUGUACUUUGCAGAGUCUAUGAUUUUUAUUUUUCAGAUAAUGUUUUUCAAGAAGUUCUCUAGGAAUAAAAAUCUUAAAAAGGAUAAAUGAGUUUUUCAUCAUCUUAUAUACAUUUUAUAAUUCUUUGUAAAAAGUAAAAGUAAUUAUGUUUUAAAAAAGGUUUGUACCUAAAAUUUCCAAUGCCUCACACUUGCAACCAUAGUACUUGAAAGCAGAAAGACAAGGGCAUGUUUUAUUGUUAAGAUGCAUCUUAAUGGCUAAUUCAUGGAGUUCUGUUACAGUGAUGUCUCUUUACAAACCAGGAUACUGAGUGAUGAUUCACUGUCUGAAAUGAGAUUCCUCACAUGGAGACUCUGUAAACGUUCGGUUCAGUGCACACCGAUAAAAGGACUCUAACAGGCUCUUACAGGAGAUGUUCUCUCUCAGGCUUGCUGUCUUCUCUAAAUGUGAUGCACAAGCCAUAACAGACUUCUUUCAUUGUUGAAAUAGUUGUUGUUGAAUGCUUGGCACUUUGGAAUAUCAGAGGGAAGAGCCUGAUUUUUCUGCUCCUGCUUUUGGAAAUGUCCUGAAGUCUCUGCUGCCAGGAAUUUGAUAUAUACAGAGUUCAAACCUUAGAUGUAAGGAGUCUCUUCUUUUCAUCCUGUACUUACUAUCUUUCUAGGAGCUUGAGUACACUUGAUUUAGGAAGUAUUUGCAAUACUGUUUCAUUUUAAGUAGCACCAAAUAUCAGUAUGUGCGUAUGUAUGAUGCAUCUACGUAUAUGAAUACACAUAAACAUGAAAGUAGAUUGUAUACAAGUCAGGAUCUUUUUUUAGGCUUUUUUCACGUUGCAAAUUGAUACUUGUGUUACUGUAAGGGAAUUGAUUUUGAAGUGCUUUGAUUUACAUUCUUUCAUAUGUUGUGGUUUUAGAUAACUUUCAGUGAAAUUAUAAUAUCUAGACCAAAAAUAUAUUUUUUAAAAGCACAUCAGAUCACUGAAGCUCUGCUACUACGACUGAUGGGCUCUAUGUAAAACUGUUUAAGUAGAUCAUACAGACAGUUUCUUCCCCAAACUGGUCCCCACAUUUUUGAUCUGCAAUGCCAUAAGAAAUGUAGUUCAAAGAUUUAUUUUUCUGAACUAAAUCCUGAAUCCUUACGAAGUAGUCAUUCUAUUAAUUGCUAAUUAAAUUAAACUGUUCCACAAGUUGGUGGCCCCAGCUGCCACUCAGUAAAUACUGUGCAGGAAUGUAUAAUGGAAUGCAGGAAAAUCCAUAGUAAAUGAUCGUUUUAACCUGGUAAAAAUACCUUAUUCUCUUAAAAAAAUUAAUCUGUUCCAUUGUAUUUGUAUCUGUGAAAUUAGUUAUUCCAAAUCAAUCGGAAAAACUGAAGCACACAGCUUACUUUGUCUAAGGGGAGCAAGCAUAGUUUUUAAUGUGUAAGCUUACAGUAUUUUGUAGAAUCUGAGUACUACAAAACCAGUUUCUUAUUUUAAAAUGUACAUAGUGCAACAAGCAAGUGUGCUAAAUACAGGUUUUUUUCAAUUUUAAAAACUGUCUUCAAAGUCUUCAAAGCUGAAGAAAUGAAGUUGCAUUUGACUAAUGUGCCACAAUAGUGGUUAGAAGUCUGGAAUGCUUGAACAACAGGAGACAGUGGAUUUUCUUUUUAUUUAUCUUAUCCAUUGCUGGCAGUGGAUGCACUGACACUCAUUAUGAUAGAGACUAAAAAAAAAAAAACCCAAAUACAAUCUUCUUAAUAAUGCUAAUUCAUUUACUUUAUAUUAUUUCCGGAGCCAUGUGUACAGAUGCUUUACUACUGACCUCGUCAAAAUGCUUCCUAGUACAAAACUGCUUUCAAAUAUUUUUAAAUUAAAACCCUUUAAUUAAAAAUCACCCCAAACAUUUUUCAGUCAUUAUUUUAAGUGAUGAGUUAUUUUCUCUACACUCUUGAACUUAAUGAGCUGUUGUUACCUGUCCGUUUUAUUUAUUUGCAAAAGUGAGUCUGGUUUAAGUAUUUACUGGGACUUCAUGGCCCACUAAUAUAGUUCUGUCUGAGUGCUCAUGCAGAAGUCCCUGGAUACACACUGCACUAAGUACUGUGGAUUUAUGUUUUUUUUUUUUUAAGCAGACUAGAACACUUUUAUUUUAUAUUGAAGUAUGGUAUUCUCUGAAGUUCAUUUUGUUAUGGGUAGUUUUGUUAACACAUGUUUUUGCGUAUAGACUGUUGCAUAAGGACUGUUUUCUUGCAAGACCCCAUAGGCCUUUGGUAUUCUGCUUUGGUGAACAAGAAUGUUAAACAUUAAAAAACAACCUUUAUUUUUGAGUUUUAUAUAUCUAUAUUUUUAAUUGCCCAAUUUGAGGUUUUAAGUGAUAAACAUGCAUUGUAAACUCAAUUGCCUUGUAACCAAAUGAUAUAAAUGUUUCAUUAUAUCAAUGGAGAACCUGCUGUAGAUUUUCCUGUAAAUUAGCUUAUCAAUGAAUAUGUGUGCUACUGAGCUUUAACUGUGAUCUUCCACUGUAGAAAGUCAUUGUUAACAGAUCAAAUAUAGGUACUAAACUAUGUUUAAAUGGAUGAACAGGGAUUUUUGCAGUUUUGAAAGCAAUUAAGAUAUGGCUGUUCCGCAGCCCAUCUGCUUGCCUUUCAGAAGAGUUGUGAUGCAGUGCUUCCUGUGCUAUAGAAUUAUUUUUCAGCUUUCAAUGACUGUAGCAUGAUUCCUUUUGGUACUGUACUGUGUACAGGCUUUCCAUGUUUUGCACUUUUCUAUGGCAAACCUUGACUGCUUUAUAAAUACUCCGUUGUGUAGUAAGUAGUGAUACCAGUGGUAGGCAUUUGUGUACUGCAUAAUCAGUUUGAACUGCUAGACUUCAGAGGUUAACUUGGACUAGUGGUGUAUGUUGCUGGUUGCUUGUGGUAGCUCACAUGUGUAAGUACUGUUCAAAGUUACAAAGUCAGCCCUCAUUGCACAAUGAAAAUCACUGUGAUCUGUACAUAAAACCUAGUAAAAUUUUAUUGCUGUUUAAUUUAUGUAAUAUCUGUCAAAUCUGGAUUCAUUAAAUAAACCUUUAUAUCUUUUUAAAUGUUUAAA